CCCCCCCCCCCCCAAAAAAAAAAAAAAAAAAAAAAAAAAAAAAAACUUUUUUCCUCAGAAAAGAUCAUCCGAACACACCCAAUAACUGCAGUUUUCAAGAUCUCUUUCGCCAGACUGUUCAUUGCUCAAAACAAAGCAAAUACCCUUUUAAUUCCCAACCCCAAACCAAAGCUAGAUAGUGAAGUCCACAAGCGAUUCUUUUAUUCUCUUCCCAAUUAAUUUCCCCAUCUCUCUUAAUUUUCCCCUCCAUACAUCCAAUCCAACCCCCUCUGACAUAUAGAUAUAUAUGGAAACAAUGCAACUGCAAAAUCUAGCAACAAUCUAGCUAGUCCUUCAAUCAAAUUCCCGCUUUUAGCACCAAAAUGAGAGAUUCACCUCCAUCAUCAUAACCAACUAUAGCCAACAAACCCUAAAAUCAUCAAAAACCAAGAGUCAGCUAAGGAGAUCCAACCAAAAAAAAAAAAAAAAACAGAAAAGAAAAAUCACCAAUAUUGUUGUUGUUAUCAUAUGGACAUAGUCUCAGAACCCACAAAUAAUCGUCCCUCCAUGAUAUCCACCACAAUGAACAACCACAACCACAACCACAACCACAACGACAUGAUCUCCUCAUCAUCUAUACUACUCUCUCCCACUACCAGUGGCCCCAGUACCGUCAGCGCAGCAGCAGCCGCCACAGCGGCUGGUGCGACGACACCGAGCCGGUACGAGAACCAGAAGCGGAGGGACUGGAACACCUUCUGCCAGUACCUCCGCAACCACCGCCCACCGCUGUCCCUCCCCAUGUGCAGCGGCGCGCACGUUCUGGAAUUCCUCCGAUACCUCGACCAGUUCGGAAAAACCAAGGUCCACAACCAGACCUGCCCCUUCUUCGGCCUCCCCGAGCACGGCGGCCGCCCCGAGGCCAACCCCUUCGGCGCCAGAGCCGUCAGGCUUUACCUCCGAGAAGUCCGAGAUUUUCAGGCCAAGGCCAGAGGCGUCAGCUAUGAGAAGAAGAGGAAGAGGCCCAAGCCCAAGAUGGUCAUCAUCACUAGUAGUAAUACUACUACUAGUACACCACCACCACCACCACCAAGUACUGGCAGUUCCAUCCGAGAUUUUCAGGCCAAGGCCAGAGGCGUCAGCUACUGGGGCAGCCUCGACGCCCUCAUCGGCCGCCUCCGGGCUGCCUACGAGGAGCACGGCGGCCGCCCCGAGGCCAACCCCUUCGGCGCCAGAGCCGUCAGGCUUUACCUCCGAGAAGUCCGAGAUUUUCAGGCCAAGGCCAGAGGCGUCAGCUAUGAGAAGAAGAGGAAGAGGCCCAAGCCCAAGAUGGUCAUCAUCACUAGUAGUAAUACUACUACUAGUACACCACCACCACCACCACCAAGUACUGGCAGUUCCAGUUAGUCAUAAUAAGCGUAUUAUAAAGAUCUGUUGAUGAUCACAUGGAAAUAUUAUACAUAUUAUUAUACGUUCUGAAACUGGGGACAGUGGUGGUGGUGUGGAGGCCGAGCUGCGGUAGUGGGUUGGACUGUUCGCCGAAAUGAUGGUUGUACUUGAAAACUGCGUACCAAAGAGUAGAGUUCUCUCUGUAAAAUAUAUAUGUUAAUUUCCACUUUGUUUCUUCUUAAUUAAUGGUUGAAUCUUAAUUAUUAUUAUUAUUGUUAAUUCUAUAUA